CCGCAUGUGUGUGCAUGCACGCGUUCCGCACGCGCUCCGUGUUGACUUUUUGAGUUCUGUAUGCGCUUUGCAAUGCAGGUUCAGACGUCGAGUUGAUAGUUUUAUAGGUUACAGUACCAUUUAUCGUCAUGUCUGAACAUGUUGAUUCGUCAUGGACUUCAUUGAAAGUGCACGAUGAGGUCAGAAAGGCAAUUCAAGAACUUCACUUCGAGAAAAUGACGCCUGUGCAGGUAACAACAAUACCUCUGUUUUUGUCAAAUAAGGAUGUUGCUGUGGAAGCAGUAACAGGCAGUGGAAAAACACUAGCUUUUCUAAUACCUCUACUGGAAAUGUUGCUCAAGAGGGAUGAACCACUCACAAAAUAUGCGGUUGGCGCUAUUGUUAUCUCUCCCACAAGAGAGCUUGCCACACAGAUUUACAAUGUCCUUGAACACUUCCUCCAGUUUUUGCCACAGUUCACAGGACAGCUUCUCACAGGAGGCUCUAAUCCCAUAAAUGAUGUCAAGACUUUCAAGGAAAACGGAGCUAACAUCAUUGUGGCGACACCAGGACGUAUGGUGGACAUGUUUGAACGCACCGACGAAAGCUUCAGCUUUGCUGCUUGCGUGAAAUCCAUGGAGGUACUUGUGUUAGACGAAGCAGACCGCCUAUUAGACAUGGGAUUUGAAAAAAGCAUCAACACGAUCCUGUCAUUCUUACCCAAGCAGAGAAGGACAGGCUUGUUCUCAGCUACUCAAACAAAAGAAGUUGAAGAUCUCAUUCGUGCUGGACUUCGAAACCCAGUCUGUGUUACAGUGAAAGAAAAACCAGCUGAAUGCAGCCACACACAGCGCACGCCGGCACUUUUAAAGAAUUUUUACAUUCUUUGUGAGGCAGAUCAAAAGCUGAGUACUUUGGUGGCCUUCCUUAGAACCCAUUCAGAAGAAAAGCACAUGGUCUUCUUCAGCACAUGUGCCUGUGUCGAGUAUUUUUCUGCCAUCCUUGUACAACUACUGAAAAACAUGACCAUUAUCAGCAUUCAUGGCAAGAUGAAGAGGAAAAGGCAGAAGAUCUUCAACAGAUUUAUGAAAAUGCACAAGGGUGUGCUUGUUUGCACAGAUGUUAUGGCAAGAGGAGUUGACAUCCCAGAUGUCCAGUGGGUCGUACAGUAUGAUGCUCCAAAAUCAUCCAGCUCAUUUAUUCACCGCUGUGGGAGGACCGCGAGAAUGGGAAAUGAAGGCAAUGCUGUGCUGCUGCUGAUGCCCAGCGAGGAUGCUUACAUCAAGUUCCUAGAGCUGAAUCAGAAAGUUACACUGGAAAAGAUGGAUCCACCACCAUCGAUUCAUGAGAUUACAUCAAGAGUGAAAAAAAUGGCAAUGAAAGACAGGGCAGUUUACGAGAAAGGAAUACGGGCCUUCGUUUCAUACAUCCAGGCAUACAGCAAGCAUGAGUGUUAUCUUCUAUUCAGGAUAAAAGACCUUGACUUUGCGAAAGUAGCUGAAGGCUUUGCCCUACUGAAAAUGCCAUACAUGCCUGAACUCAGAGGAAAGAAGAUUGAAGGCUUUGAAGCUACCAGCAUUGACGUAAAGUCAAUCCCAUACAAGGAAAAAUCCAGAGAAAAACAGAGGCAAGCAAAACUGAAGAGUAAACUGGAAUGUAGCACUAAAGAUGUCAAGGUAAAGCCAAAAAAGGGUUCAUUUGUAAAAGAGAGACAAAAGCAGAGACAAGGCAAGAAGCGAAAGACAAAAGAAGACUAUGAGAAUGAAGAGUGGGAUGACUUGGCUUCAGAUGCAAGGUUGCUAAAAAAGCUGAAACAGAAUAAGAUCUCAAAAGAGGAGUUUGAUGAAGCAUUUUUAACCUAGGCAAAGCACUUCUUGAAGCACUUCAUGUUGCGCUUGUGUUGCAGCAGGUCAUGGAAAAUGAAUAUAAAACUGAGGACAAAAAUUUA